GACAAUCUUGUGCCGUUGUGCCAUGUGUCUCGCGUGGUGCUAGGUGCAAGCACUGUUGACCUGAUGAUUGUGGUUGAACAAACGUUUUUUCAGAACUGGUGUUAAAACAAUGAAGGCCGACACCUGUCCAAGCCGAAUAUUCCAAGGGUACAGAGCCUUGGGAUACGUCUGCAACCACGUGCCUUUCGUACUGCGGUAUAUUCACAGGCGGAAAGAGCAUCUUGUCAUCACGUCUAUUGGGAGGUGCUUUCACACCUUCGGCGGAACGAAACUCGACCUGCUGACAGCAAGCCAGGCACAUGACGAUGAUAUCAGUUGCAUUGCUGGCGACUCCCGGCUGGUCUACACGGCAUCUGGAAAGACAAUUUACUCCUGGCUACGUGGAAGCGAGCUGCAAAACACCUUCAGUGGUCAUGAGCACGAAGUCAAGCUGCUGCUUCCAUUUGGGAACCACCUGGUUUCUGUAGAUGAAUCCGGCAGGGUAAUCGUCUGGGAAAUCAAAACAGCAGAGCUCUAUCUGGAGCUAUCACUUGACUCCGCCUCAUUCCGGGCCAGCACGCUGCUCCAUCCAGUCACAUAUGUGAACAAGAUCCUGGUGGGCAGUGAGCAGGGACCCCUGCAGCUGUGGAACAUCCGGACUGGAACACUGGUGUACACAUUCUCUGGCUGGCAGAGCACUGUCACUGCACUUGAACAGUCUCCUGCAGUGGACGUGGUUGCUGUGGGCCUGGCCAGCGGUGAAACCAUUCUGCACAACCUUAAGUAUGAUGAAACGCUGAUGCGCUUCCAACAGGACUGGGGCCCUGUCACGGCUGUGUCUUUCCGCACAGACGGGCACUCGCACAUGGCAACUGGCAGCCCCAUCGGUCAUGUGGCUGUCUGGGACCUGGAGAAACGUGCCUUGCACAGCCAACUCUUGGAGGCCCACCGGUCAGCGGUGACCGGCAUGCGCUUUCUGCCAGAUGAGCCUCUGCUGCUGACGUCUUCGCCCGACAACUCUCUGAGGAUGUGGAUCUUUGACCAGUCAGAUGGCAGUGGUCGUCUGCUUAAACAGCAGCAGGGACACAGCAGUGCUCCCUGUCGGAUUCGGUUCCAUGGGGCUGCUGGCACCAACAUUUUGAGCGCAGGCAUGGACAGCACGCUGCGUUCCUUCUCCACUAUUGGUGAAAAUCUCAACAAGAGCCUUGGCCAGGCAUCCUACGAUCGCAAGAAGGCCAAGAAGUAUGGUGUGCUCAAGGACCCGGGAAAGAUGCCACCUAUCUGUGAAUUCACCUCAGAAACAACACGUGAGAAGGAGUGGGACAACGUGGCAGCCUGUCACCGGGGUGUCAAGAGGGUGACAACGUGGUCCUACGACCGCUGCUGUAUGGGGAAGCACCAGCUGUUGCACGACCGAUUCAAGGGGGUCCAGGGUGUCUCCGCUCUGUGUGUGUCUCUCAGUGCGUGUGGGAACUUUGUGACCAUUGGCUACAGCUCUGGUCACGUUGACCGCUUCAACAUUCAGUCGGGACUGCACCGUAUGACCUAUGGCAAGGAUCUUGCUCAUGAGGGACCCGUGAGGGGCGUUACAUCGGACGCACUCAACCAGGUGGUGGUGACCGCCGGUGCCGACAGUCACCUCCGCUUCUGGGCAUUCCGAGAUGGCCGGCAGCUGUCGCAGGUGGCCCUCAGCGCACCUGUUGCCCGCAUCUGCCUCCAUCGAGAAAGUGGCAUGCUGGCUGUUGCCUCGGACGACUUCUCCAUCUGCGUGGUGGACGUGGAGCUUCGCAGGGUGGUUCGAGCAUUUGCCAGUUACUAUAGCCAAAUCACCGACAUGGCCUUUAGUCCCGAUGCCCGCUGGUUAGUGACUUCAUCCACAGACAAGCUGGUUCGAACAUGGGACUUGCCAUCAGGCUGCCUUGUGGACUGCUUUGAGGUGCCAUCCCCCGUCACCAGCCUUGACUUGUCGCCAACGGGCGAAUUUCUUGCCACGGCCCAUGCCGACGACCUCGGUGUGUUCCUGUGGGCCAAUGCCACACUCUACAGCCAUGUGACACUCCGGCCUCUGCCACCCGACUACGUGCCCAGGCUAGCUGAGCUGCCUGCCACAACUGUUGAUGACGAAGGUGGCGAGCCUGUCAUGGACAACGAUGAAUUGAUGGACAUGGGUGCAUACGAAUCUCCCGACCAGAUUGCGCCUGACAUGGUCACCCUGUCCAAGUUGCCAUACUCACGUUGGCAGAACCUGCUCAACAUUGAAGUCGUCAAGCAAAGGAACAAGCCCAAGGAGCCAGCGAGUGCCCCCAAGGCAGCACCAUUCUUCCUGCCUACAACAAUCGGCCUGGACCCUCAGUUUGUCAAGCUUGAUGACAAGGAGAACGUGGCACCAUCAAAAAUCACCUCGUUCGAGCACUUUCAGCUGACUGCAUUUGCAAAGCUGCUGAACUCUUGUGCCGAGUCCAACAGCUAUGGCCCAGUAUUUCAGUGGCUCAAGGAACUAGGACCGUCCAGCGUUGACUUUGAGAUCCGAGGUCUCUUGCCUGAAGCCGGCGGUUCCUCGGAGGCUCUGCUGAACUUUCUCAAGGCAAUGGGCAGUGGCUUGAAAACACGCCGUGACUUUGAGCUUAUUCAGUCCUACCUCGGCCUUUUCCUAAAGGUUCACGCCGACGUGAUGGCUUCGGAAGACGCAUUCCGGGAGGAGCUCAUAUCGAUUGCAGACACGCAGCACAACUCUUGGAAAGACCUUGAAGCAGCAUUCAACCAGUCACUCUGCAUUGUUAAUUACCUAAGGAGUGCCAUCCUGUGACAAACCUGAGCAGCAAAGUUGUUAGUGUAAAUACAUUUUCAUCACACCAUCACCACUGUGGUAGUCACUCUGUUGAAAUCCUACUUUAAGUCUCAUUCGCUCAUUAUUUUCCCAGUGUUGUUUCUGGAAGCAAUAAAGAGAAGCAAGAAACUGCCUUCUGGUGCAGUUAUGAUGUA